AUGGCGUCUCAAGAUUCCGAGUGUCGUGUCGUGGCGAUAUCAGCAGGCGCCAGUCACACCGUCGCCCUGCUCUCGGACGACCGUGUGUGCGCGUGGGGGCGCGGGGAGGACGGGCAGCUGGGGCUGGGCAGCGCGGAGGAGCAGCUGGAGCCCACGGAGGUCGCGGCGCUGGCGGGGAAGCACGUAUCGGCGCUGGCGUGCGGCGCGGACCACACGACGGCGUACUCGGAGGACUCGCAGACGCUCUGGAGCUGGGGGUGGGGCGACUUUGGGCGGCUGGGGCACGGGCAUUCGAGCGACGUGUUUCUGCCGCACGCCGUGGCGUCGCUGUGCGGGCGGCCCAUCAAGCACAUUGCGUGCGGUGACUGCCACUGCAUUGCUGUGGACGCUAAUGGCACCGCCUUCAGUUGGGGGCGCAAUCAGAACGGCCAGUUGGGGCUGGGCACGCUGGACGACGCCCUCGUGCCCACACAGAUCACCGCGCUCGCUGGCGUGCCGCUGAGGAUGGUGGCAGCGGGCGCGGAGCACACAGCAGCGGCGGCGGAGGAUGGGCGGCUGUACGGGUGGGGGUGGGGGCGAUACGGCAACCUGGGGCUGGGGGACCGGCUGGACAGGAAGCUGCCCGAGCAGGUCACUGCCAUUGAGUCAGAGCGCAUAGCGCAGGUGGCAUGCGGGUGGCGGCACACGAUAGUGGUGAAUGGUGAUGGGCGGCUGUUCACGUUUGGGUGGAGCAAGUACGGGCAGCUGGGGCAUGGUGACUUCCAGGACCACCUCACUCCCUCGCCCGUGCCCGCCAUGCAAGACAAGCGUAUCGUGCAGGUGUCAGGAGGAUGGCGCCACUCCGUUGCUCUGGAUGCGGAUGGGGUGGUGUACGCUUGGGGGUGGAACAGAUUCGGGCAGGUGGGAGUGGGCAACUCGGAGGACCAGUGCUCGCCCCAGCGGAUAGAGAGCAUUUCCGAGCGGGUGGUGGCGGUGGCGUGUGGGUGGCGGCACACGGUGGUGUUGAGUGAGGGGGGCAACGUGUUCUCCUGGGGGCGAGCCACCAGCGGCCAGCUGGGUCAUGGCGAUACCACCGACAGGAACCUGCCCAAGCGAGUGGAGGCGAUAAGCACGGACGGUGACAGGUGUCGCCACAUCAGCGGGCCAGGCGGCAAGAAGGACGUGGCAGCAGCAGCGCAUGCGGAGGUGCCCGAUGCGGCUGCCACGUGGGUGUCUCCUGCCGAGCGCUACGCUGUCGUUCCGGGAGAGAAGGUGGGUGUGCGGGAUUGGAGGGAAGAGUGUGGGGGAUGUGGGUUUGGCUCUUGA